AUGGGCCCCUGUACCGCCUCCUCAUGCUGCUGCCAGGCCCGUAAUCUGCCAUGGGCCCCCGUACCGACUCCUCAUGCUGCUGCCAGGCCCGUAAUCUGUCAUGGGCCCCUGUACCGCCUCCUCAUGCUGCUGCCAGGUCCAGAGUGUGUCAUGGGUCCCUGUACGGCCUCCCAUUGCUGCUGUCUCCAUCGCCACACUCUGCCAUGUGCCACUUUCAGGUCUCCUCACACUGCUGGUGGGUUCCAUUUUUGUCAUAGGGUGCUGUAUGGCCUCCCAUUGCUGCUGCCUCCACCGCCACACUGUGGCUCCACACUCUGGUUUUGGCCCCGUGACUGCCCAAAUGAGUGAAGUGUGCGGUGAUUCUAAGAUCGACGGCACUCAUCUGCAUGUCAUACUGACUGACAGUAUUAUUUCUCUUCCCCAGCAGACUCCAAGGGCAUUUAAAUUAAAGGUACAGUGUUCUGCACUAAUAUAA